GAUUGUAACUUCAAAGUGGACUCUUCCACUCGAGUGACGUAACCUGUUGCGGCCUCUUCUUACUGUGUGCCAGUGCACCAGCAUUUACCAUUAACGUCCAGUCACCACCUACCAGCCGGACAAAGAUGAAGGCUCUGCUGCUCACCGCUGUAACCGUGUGCCUUUUCGGGGCUGCGCUCAGCUGUUGGGGUCUCCCCCCGGAAAGGCAAGACCCAACACCAACAGAAGCACCACCACCACCUGCAGCUGGAGAGUGUCCGGACACCACUGGAAUGGUUGGCGCAUGCGCUGAGUUCUGCAGCAGUGACGCUGAUUGCCGCGGGGGACAGAGGUGCUGUUCUAACGGAUGUGGACACGCCUGCAUGGACGUUAACAGGGGAUAGACCAUCGCAGACAGACAUGGCUGUAUAGACUUUACCUAGUACCUGAGGCUAGUCUACAACAGACAUGUGUAACUGUCAUUGUGAAUGUCAGAUGGACUCUGACAAGUCAAGAUCAUGAUUAAAGAAAGAAAGUUUAUUUUGAGAUUGACAGAAUGUAUCAACUUGAAGGUAAACCAAUUAAAUGAAAACUACAAUAUAAGACACGCGACCACUUUAAUUUAUCAAUCGCGCAUAUCAUAAAUCUUAACUUGUUGGGUUUCAUUUGCAUGUAGUUUCAUUUACUUCUAGCGCACUCAACAUUGGAUGUAUUUUAUCGUGUGGGUAUGACAUAAACCAAAAAAACAACACGGUGUGUAAAAUCCGCAUCACUCUCGACCCCAGCACGGGAGUGCUUUGGUUCGUCUUUCGGGCACACUUGAAGAACUCUUCACUUUCCCCCAUCGACUCACCAGUUUAAACAGCUGCCGCAUGGCCUGACGUCUUGGCAAAUGGGUAGUCAACUUUUCUGUGUUUUCUGUUUUCGGUGAGUUGAUUGCGCAAUGAUCUAGACUAUAGAUCCACGGUACAGUAAACCCGUCUAACAUGUCGGGAUGAACGAGUCAUUCAAGAGGUCAGAACCACCUACGUGCACAAUGCAACGUGAACAAUCCUCGUCCACGGAGAGGAAAACGAUUAUAAACGACACUCUUCCCCAUAAGAAGAAUAUUUAGCAGUUCCUCUUCCCUACACAGCUAGAUAAAAGAGAUAAACUCCAUGCCGCUGGAUGAUAUAGAUAUAUAGAGUGAGAGAGCGAAACAAAAGUUGCCCCGAUUGUAACUUCAUAGUGGACUCUUCCACUCGUGUGACGUAACCUGUUGCCGCACCUUGUUAUUAUAUUGUGUGCCAGUGUACAAGCUUUUACUAGUACCGCUCACGAGCUGUCACCGCCUACUAACCGGACAAAGAUGAAGGCUCUGCUGCUCGCCGCUGUAACCGUGUGCCUUUUCGGAGAGGCACUCUGCUGUUAUGGAUUUCCACCCCAAGAAACAACAACACCAGCGCCAGCAACAACACCUGCAGCCACCCCGUGUCCUCCCGGAGUGAACGAGGUCUUCUGUUUCGUAGACCCAUGUCGGUUUGCCACAUGUGCCGCACAUCCGGACGCUACCUGCAUCUCCAACUACUGCGGGGGCUGCAACGCAGUCUUCUACGACAUUAAUGACAACGAAGUGAACUGCGAUGACCCCUACUGCCCAUCGGGAGAUGCGUACCUGCCUGGCAUCUUCUGUGGGCGGGGCCCUAACCGCCAGGACUGCCCUCCAACCCACUCCUGCCAGGUUCACCCGGCAGACGCGUGGGCGGUGUGCUGUCCGAAUAGCGCAACAGUUGGAGAGUGUCCGGACACCACUGGGAUGGUUGGCGCCUGCGCUGAGUUCUGCAGCAGUGACGCUGAUUGUAGCGGGGGACAGAGGUGCUGUUCUAACGGAUGUGGACACGCCUGCAUGGACGUUAACAGGGGAUAGACCAUCGCAGAGAGAGAGAGAGAGAGAGAGAGAGAGAGAGAGAGAGAGAGAG